AUGCGCAUGGGAAACAGGAGAAUCGUGUUUGCCAAUGCCUUCGAAUCCAUUCGUCACCUCUGGAUUACAAACCAGUCGGCCAUGAUCUCGCGCCCUAUGCUGCAUACCUUCCACAAGGUGAUUUCGUCGUCGCAGGGUUUCACAAUCGGCACUUCGCCGUGGGACGAGUCGUGCAAGAACCGGCGCAGAGCCGCUGCCACGGCACUCAACCGCCCGGCCGUGCAGUCGUACAUGCCGCACAUCGACCUGGAAUCCACCGUCUCGGUCAAGGAGCUGCUGCAUGACAGCAAAGGCGGCGAGCUGGAUCUUGAUCCCCGGGCCUACUGGCAGCGAUAUGCGCUGAAUACGUCGCUGACACUCAACUACGGGUACCGCAUUGAUGGCGACAAGAACGCGCCGCUGCUCAAGGAGAUUGUCGAUGUGGAGAGGGGAAUUGGUAACUUUCGAUCGACGAGCAAUAACUGGCAAGACUAUGUUCCGCUUCUGCGACUGUUCGGGGCUCAGAACAAAGAAGCUCAGAGCUUCCGCAAGAGGAGAGACGUGUACAUGGAUCAUCUGCUGAAAAUAUUGGAAGAAAAGAUCAAGAACGGCACGGACAAGCCAUGCAUCACCGGUAACAUUAUUAAAGACCCAGAGGCAAAGCUGAACCGAGCCGAAAUCACAUCCAUCUGCCUGACCAUGGUCUCAGCCGGCCUCGACACGGUCCCCGGCAACCUCAUCAUGGGCAUUGGCUACCUGGCGACGCCGGCGGGGCAGAAGAUGCAGAAGCGAGCAUACGAGGAGAUCAUGAAGGUUUAUCCCAAUAACGAUGCGUGGGAGCGGUGUCUGCACGAAGAAAAAGUCGAAUACGUUACCGCUCUGUACAAGGAAAUCCUGCGCUACUGGACCGUCAUCCCCAUCUCGCUGCCGCGCGUCUCCAUCAAGGACAUUGAGUGGAACGGCGCCAUCAUCCCUGCAGGAACCACCUUUUACAUGAACGCCUACGCCGCAGACUACGAUGAGACGCACUUCAAGGACCCCUACACAUUCAACCCGGAGCGCUACCUCAACGUCCCCGAGGGCGCGGGCACCUCGCACUACGGGUAUGGCGCUGGCUCGCGCAUGUGCGUGGGCUCACAUCUGGCGAACCGCGAGCUGUACACUGCGUUUGUGAGGCUGAUUUCUGCAUUCGAGUUUACGCCGCCGGUGGAUCCAAAGGACGAGCCGAUUAUGGAUUGCCUCGAGGCCAAUGCCAUUCCCACGAGCCUGACCCUCGAGCCAAAGUACUUCAAGGUGGGAUUCAAACCGCGGAAUCGGGCCCUGUUGGAUCGGUGGAUUGCUGAGAGCGAAGAGAAGACAAAGGAGUUGUUGGAGUAG